GAGUCGCUAGUCUUUAAGCCUCAUACUCUGUUUCGAACUUCCUUUAAUGGUUGGCGAAAGAGAAACUUCCCCAAAUCCUAUCCAAGUCACUAUUGAAGUGGGUAGUGGUGGUGGUGGCACGACAGAGUCCAUGGAUGUCUUGGAUCAAAACUCUAACUGCAUAGAAGAUGUUUCCUGUACUACUUUCAACAUUCUUGCGCCCAUCUACAAGCGGUUGAAUGGUGUGAGCUGUGAGAGCGAGUUAAGGGAGAGUGAGUUCAGGGAGUAUUGGCUUAAUCGUAAUGAGUGCAUAUUGGAGAGCCUACUACACCGAAAAUCUUCAAUUAUUUGCAUACAGGAAUUCUGGGUCGGGAAUGAAGAGCUUGUGGGAAUGUAUGAGUGGCGACUCAGUGAUGCUGGUUAUGCAACUUAUAAACUUGCAAGGACAAACAACCGUGGUGAUGGUCUACUUAUUGCAGUUCACCAGAAGGACUUCCAAGUUCGGAAUUACAGAGAAUUGUUAUUCAAUGAUUUUGGUGACCGUGUGGCUCAGCUUCUGCAUGUUGAACUGAUUAUGAAUUUCACUCAAAACAAAACUGUUAACAUUGAGAAGGAAGCUCUCGUAGUGAAUACACACUUAUUGUUUCCGCACGAUUCUAGCUUAUGCUUCACUCGGCUACAGCAGGUCUACAAGAUUUUGCAGUACAUUGAAUCAUAUUGUGAUGAAUACCAUCUUCAACAUGUUCCUAUCAUCCUGUGUGGGGACUGGAAUGGGAGUAAAAGGGGGCAUGUCUAUAAAUUUCUGCGCUCACAAGGCUUUGUAUCAUCUUAUGAUAUUGCUCAUCACUACACUGAUGAAGACGCCCAAAAGUGGAUUAGUCACCGCAACCACAGAGGCAACAUAUGUGGGGUGGAUUUUGUAUGGCUCUAUAAUCCUAACAAUCAUCGGAGACCGUUGAAGGAAAGCUUCAUGGAAGCUGUUCUUGGAAAUAUAAAGAAUCAUCUUCAUGAUCUUGGCAGCUACAUCACUUAUUCCCAAUUCCUUCAAACUUUCAGUCAGUUAGGCAUAACCAGCCAUUUUAAUGUCUUAAGUACUGAAGAAGUAAAGGAGUUGUGGGAUCAAGUUGACACGGACGAAGAUGGGGUGAUUGAAUUCUCACUCUUGAAUAGUGCUUUGAACUCACAGGCAUUCAGCCAGCAAAAAGAGAGCAGUGAUGAAUCUGAGCAGAGAGGAACAGAGGGAAUCAUGUCAAACACUUCAACUACUUUAGGUUUCAAAAUCAAGAAUGCUGUCCUCUUUCCUCCAGAAGUCGAAAAAGGGCUAUGGCCUGAGAAUUAUUCCCUGUCAGAUCAUGCACAUCUCACAGUGGAAUUUUCCCCAGUGACAAUGCAGUGUUGUUGAGUAUAGUUGAAAAAAAUCUGUGCUAGUCCAUAUGAGUAGUACCAAUUUUGGUUUUUUUUACUAGUUGGGUGCUUAACUCUCUUUAAUGGUGUCUUUAUGAUUUCUGAAACUGAGGUUGAGGAAAUGAGAUUGUUAGUAAGCUUCUACAGUCCAAUGUUACUGCAAAGACAGUCAGUAGCUAGGGGACUUGAAAUUAAGUUCCUUG